GGCGAGGCCGCGCUCUGCGAUUGGUGAACAGACGCCUCACUCAGCCGCUGCGAGCGCCGCACUUCCGCCUGGGUGUCAGCCGUGCCGGGCGGGGGGGUGUUGCGGCGGGGCCGUCGCGGGAGCGCGGUGCCAGAGCUCCUGAAAGGGAGACAAGCAAGAUGGGAAAGAUAGCAGGAAAAAAGGCUUUUUUUUAAAUAACUUGCCACCAGAACUUCUGCAUGGUGACAAAGAUCAUCUGAAGCAGCUGGAUACUUGCAAAAGAAGACUUGGACGGCACACAGAUACUUAAUCUCCAAACCGAGUUCAACGAUGCAUUAGAGGAAGCUGGAUUGGCUGUACGGAGACUUCAUACUGAAGGAUGAAUAGUGAAGAAGAGUUCUAUGAUGCCGUUACGGGCUUUGAUUCCGACAAUUCUUCAGGAGACUUUUCAGAAGCAAAUCAUAAAGUUGCAGAAAUGCUCGAUCUAGAUCCACACCAAAGCAAUAGGACCGGAAAGCACAAUGGAGAGACAGAGAUUCAAGAAAAUGGAAUUAAGAGACACAGGACAUCAUUACCUGCCCCGAUGUUUUCCAGAAGUGAUUUUAGUGUGUGGAGCAUAUUAAAAAAAUGCAUUGGACUGGAGCUGUCCAAGAUUACGAUGCCUAUUGUCUUCAAUGAGCCAUUGAGUUUCCUUCAACGGAUAACAGAAUAUAUGGAACAUAUAUACCUCAUUAAUAAGGCUUGUAGUCAUGCGGACCCCCUGGAAAGAAUGCAAGCUGUAGCUGCUUUUGCAGUUUCUGCUGUAGCUUCUCAGUGGGAGAGAACUGGCAAGCCAUUUAACCCGCUGUUAGGAGAAACCUAUGAAUUAACCAGGGAGGAUUUAGGAUUUAGGUUUAUAUCUGAACAAGUCAGCCACCACCCACCUAUUAGUGCAUUUUAUUCUGAAGGCCUCAAUAAGGACUUUAUUUUUCAUGGAUCAAUCUAUCCCAAACUAAAAUUCUGGGGAAAGAGUAUAGAAGCGGAGCCUCGGGGAACAAUUACUUUGGAGCUUCUGAAACAUAACGAAGCCUACACGUGGACAAAUCCAACCUGCUGUGUACAUAAUGUAAUUAUUGGUAAACUGUGGUUAGAACAAUACGGAACGGUAGAAAUUGUAAAUCACAGUACUGGAGAUAAAUGUGUCCUUAAUUUUAAACCGUGUGGCCUGUUUGGGAAGGAGCUUCACCGAGUAGAGGGCUACAUUCAGGACAAGAACAGAAAGAAGCUGUGCGUGAUCUAUGGCAAGUGGACGGAAUGUUUGUGGUGCACCGAUCCCACUACGUACGAGACUUACAAAAAGAAUGAAAAGAGAGGUGGUGAGCAGAAGAAAUUGAAGCCGAGUGAAGAUGUUAUUAAAUCUGAAAAUGAUGAGGCCGAUGAUAUGCCAGAGGUUCAAGACACGGUGCAGUUCAUACCAGGCAGUAAAUUGCUUUGGAGAAUAAACUGUCGGCCACCAAACUCAUCACAGAUGUACAAUUUCACCAGUUUUGCUGUGAGUCUCAAUGAGUUGGAAAAGGGCAUGGAAGCAAUAUUGGCUCCCACUGACUGCCGGCUGCGGCCGGAUAUCAGAAACAUGGAGAAUGGCAACAUGGAUGUGGCUAGUAAAGAAAAAGAGAGACUAGAAGAGAAACAACGAGCCGCUCGCAAGGAGCGUGCAAAGGAUGAAGUGGAGUGGCACACACGGUGGUUUCAUCAAGGCACUAACCCGUACACUGGGACUUCAGAUUGGCUGUACUCAGGUGGCUAUUUCGAUAGAAAUUUCUCAGACUGUCCUGACAUAUACUGAAAUUACAGAACCAAUCGCUCAUCUCAUCUGGACAUCUAGUUCCUAGAUUUCAUUCCAAGCCAGUUACUCUGGUUUUGUUGAUAGCAAAAACCAGCUUUUUCUAAGUAAAUUUUAACAAAAAUUCCACCAGUCAACAAUCAAGGAUUUAAUUAUCACUAAUGUUGGAUUGCCAAAUAUUUAAAUACUGUUGCAUUCUUUCCAUACAGCUGCACCUGAAAUCAUCAUGUUUUCACUAAUUUUCAAAGGGACCUUUAGUUCUUCAUUUUUUUUUUAAAUUGUUUUUCCCCCUAGUUUCUUUGUCAGGAAGAUACGCAGUAUCUGGUAGAGCACAUAAUAUCCUUGAAAACUACGUAACUUAAAAAAUAAAUAGAGAUAAUAUCCUUGUUACUUAGUACAAUAGCGAAGAAUCUGAAGUUUUUUGGAACUCGGAGCAGGGAUGAAAAGCUGAUGCGGUACCUACGGGAUCCGGUACUGUGGAUACUCCCCGUGAAGCGCCGAACUUCCACGGAAUGUAGCACUACGUGGGGACCGGAGCCGCCGGCCCCGCUCUCAGUAAUUCAAUCAUUCAGAGACUUGGGGAACCCAGACCCAACCUGAGCUUCUCAAACCGUCGUUGUCUGUUACAGAGUCUUCACAACGUUUGGACACUGUGAGCAUCAAACUGUAAACCUGUGGUAAAAUUACGUAGAGCAUACGUUAGGAGGAGGGAAGGGUGCAUUAAAAAUGUGCUUUUUCCCAAGUCAAAUGCUGUUCUUAAAAUACGAGAAGCUUCUGGAAGCAAUUGUAGGAAUGUAGAGGUGGUUACAAUGUAAAAUAUCUUGCUUGCUACCACUUGGAGGCUUAAAUCUUCUGCACUACCUUUGGCAGCUUUGGCACUGUGUACGCUCCUAGACUAAACUUUUAUUUGGAAGCACUUUGGUAUAUAAAUCCUCACAGGUUCAGAUUUUGGGGAAGUUUUGGUUUGCAUGUUUUUCAUUCUUAGGUCAUGUCUGUUUUGUAUGUUGUGAAAAAGCUGAAUCAAUUUAAAGCUUUGGCAGCGUUAUACCUAUUCCAAGUCUUCUGUGAGCACGUGAUGUCAAAAAGUGGGAUUUAUAUUUUUUUUGUUCCAUAUUGAACCAUCUAAACCACAUAAUAGUGGAAAUAAUCGGUUACUGAAUUGAUGCAUAAAUUUUCCUUCAAGUGAUAUACUUGAUGGGAGUAGGGGGGAAGAGAGGCUUGAAAAAUUAGGUCCAGUAAUUAAAACUAAUCCUAAUGUUGCUUCUUCUUUUAUGAAAGUUUUUAUUGACUAACCAGGCAAAAAUGGAGAGUGGCUACACUGCUGUUUAGAGUCAUUCAGAAAUUGCUGGUGUUAAGCACCAGCAAUUUGAGGAAUUCGUGGAAGAACUGGUCUGACUGAUGUCCAAACACAGCGGUGGUUUCAUCCAAAGAGUAGGUUCCUGAAGCACUUCUCUCCCACUGACGGGAUUAAAAAGCAAAAGAAAAUUAAUGUACUCACAGAGGAACAUUUUUGUAUCAAAUCACGCAUCUAACGAUUGGAUUAACUUUACGUUUUUAGGAGAUUUAGUUGUUGUCCUCAUUUGGAAAAACAAGAGAAGCUGUAAAAAUGAAGGCGACAAGUAAGGGCCUGAUGUGAAACGUGCUGGUGGCAACUUGACCCUGUUGCCAGGAGCGGCGCGUUGUGCGGGGUGACGCGAAGUCCUGGGGACUCGCGGGCUGGACGGGGAAGUGCGGGGCAGAGGAUGGGUUGGAUUUGUUCAGAGUGCACAGACACUUGGCUUUUAAACAGACGUUGCUGGUCCAUGUGGGACGGCGAAAAAUACGUUUUAUAAGCCCCCCCCUGAACUUAAGUGACUGUGCCGGGCACUGGAACCCCCUUCCCAAAGUUGCUGCAAGCAGUGCAGGGACCCCUUUGGAUGAGGGUUGAAAGGAUUUAUGUAUUAAGCCAAUUUAACAUCUCAUGGGAGUUUAAAACUUGCUUAAACUAAAUGGUAUGUUCUUAAAACAAUAGAUGUAAGCAGAAAUUGCCUGAGUGGAAAACCUGUAAAUUGCUAAAGAAAUAUUGUGUUUAUAAGAAGUAUACAGCUUAGCAUCCCUCUCGUCUAAGUUAUGAUUUAAAUUCAAAGACCUAAACCCUUUUCAUUAAGUGGAGGCAUGAAACAAAUGAUAACAAUGCAUUGAAUCUGAACUUUAGUAUAGACCCUUCUUGGGAUUUAAAAAGAAACUGGGAAGAUUUCUGGCAGAACGCUUCAUUAGUUAUGUCUUUACCCCCUUCUCCGCUUCCUUUAGUGUGAAGUUUUUAGUAAAAUUUCAUAUUUGAUCCAUUUUUUUUUUAAAUUUAUUGUUCUUCAUUGCCAACACGUACAAAACACUUUUCCCUCAGCGCCGACACGUCUGUGCUUGACCAGCCAGGGACUCCUCAUGCCGCCUUUCGGUUGCUCUGAAAGUGAAACAGUUCUAUUUUCGAUGCAGAUCUCGCCUCGGUAGUUUACGUGUCAAAACAUUAAUAACUUUGCACCUUUUAAAAGAAUGUCACUUUUAUAACUUGAUUAAACACUGUAUAUAAGAGAACUGUGUUAGUAUAUGUUAAUACAGCUAUGUAGAGAAACCAUCUAGAAAGAAAUUAUAAUAAAUACUUAAAACCCUCUGGGCCUCUA